AUGCGAUUUGAAAAGAGUGAUUGGAAAUUGUCAAGAAAAUUAUCAACAGGGAAAUAUAAAACAUAUCAUUUUGAAAAGAACUUCACUUGUGAAAUUGAAUAUAGCAAUGACGCAACUUUGGAAAUUAAGGAAGAAGUUAUCGAUGUUUCAGAUCAUGGCACAGCAGGUCAACAAGUUCAUAAAAAAUAUGAGUCAAACUGCUGUACCUUUGGCACCAAUAAAACUGAUAAUUUGGCUAUUAACAACAAACUGCCGAUUCAUAAGCAGCAGGAAAUUCAGAGAUCAGAAGAGGAACCGGAAAAAAAGUACAAAUGCGAGAAGUGUGCGCGAAGCUAUAAAAGGAAAGAAACUUUGGGCCGUCAUAAAAAAUACGAAUGCGACGUCAUGCCACAGUUUAGUUGUAAAUUCUGUGGCAAACGGUUUAAACAGAAAAGUCACAUGACUCGCCACGUGCGUUACACACAUCUGAAACCAAACGAGUCAUCGAAAAGUAGGCAUAAUUGCGACGAGUGUUCUCGAAGUUACAAUUGGUCGUAUGAUUUAACUCGACAUAAACUUUUGAAACAUGCAACAGUCGAACCACAAUUUACCUGCGAUAUUUGUGGUCACAAAAUGAUGGAAAAGCGUAAAUUGUCCAAACAUAUUACUUCACAUCUCAUGCAAUAAUUUCUACUCCUUUUUGGAUGAUUUACUGUCCAUCGAUAUCAAAAUGAUUUUGUUUUCUUAAAUGUAGAAUUUUGUUAUUGUACAUUUGGUUUGUUUAGAAAAAAUACGCAUUAGGUCGUUUCACAGAUUAUUUACCAUUUUCUUUUUA